UCUUUCCGUCGUCAAACAGCUUCGGCUGCCAUACGAGACUCGUGUCUGCACCAGAGCUAAGAGGAGGGCAGAAAAGAAGGAGAGGCGAGGAGUGCAAGAUAAAAUGAGAAGCCUCCUUUCCCAGUUCCCAUUUGAGAAGUGAAUCUUGGAAGAGGAGAGCAGGCACUUCAUGGGGCAAGUUUUACAUGGGGGGGGAUGGCCUCGGUCAAUGAUGUUUGCACGGACGCCCCAGAGGAUUUGUGUAUAAAGUCGGAGGAUUGCGAAGGAAGAAUUUCAGUUGUUAAAGAAGAGGAGUGUGAGGUGGAGAUUGUUAGGGUUACAGCUGAGGAUUCAGACUUUUUCUCGGUCAACCUUGAACAGCAAAACCAUGACAUGGGGAGGCUUUACGGAGAUUCUCAUUCCAGUUCACAGCCCAAGUUCACCAAUACGGCCACCCAGCAGAAUUCUAUGGAACUGAAAUCAGAGUCACCGGAGUUUGAAGAAAAUUUCAGCAAAGGAAAUGGGAGAGAAGGAGAAGAGCAGAAGUCAUCUCGGAGUGCAGGGAUAAAUUCAAUGGAGAAUGUCAGCCUCGCUGCAUCUUCAUCUGCUGAGACGUCUUUUCAUUGCAGACUGCAACACAAACAGGGCAAGGAGAAGUUGAAGAAACCAACAAGAGGAUCCGGAAAUUUGACAGCAAUCUCUUUGCAGUGCAGUUCUCUUCCUGCAAGAAAAGCCAUCAACACUGAACAACAACGAGGGUAUAACACAGACAAAGAGUUUUUGUAUGCUGGCCAAGAUCACAGACAAAGUUUUAAAAUCAAAUCUGACUCUGAAGAUCACAAGUCAGUUCAUGCAAGACCAAAGCCAUACUCCUGUACUGAAUGUGGCAAAAGAUUCCUCCAUAACUGCAGGCUUCAAGCACACAUAAGAAAUCAUACUGGGGAAAAACCUCAUUGCUGUUCUGAAUGUGGCAAAAGAUUCCUCCAUAAGAGCAGGCUUCAGGCUCACAUAAGAAGUCAUACUGGAGAGAAACCUUUUUGCUGCUCAGAAUGUGGCAAAAGAUUUUCCCAUAACUGCAGUCUACAAACACAUACAAGAAUCCACACGGGAGAAAAGCCCUAUGGCUGUGCUGAUUGUGGGAAAAGAUUUAUUGAUAGUGGCCAUCUUCAGAGCCAUACAAGAAUUCACACUGGAGAAAAGCCAUAUUGCUGUUCUGAAUGCGGUAAAAGAUUUAUUGACAGUAGCCAUCUUCAUAGCCACAAAAGAGUUCACACUGGAGAGAAGCCACAUUGCUGUUCUGAAUGCGGCAAACAAUUCACUGUCUUUAGCUCUCUUCAGAGUCACAAAAGAAUUCAUACAGGAGAGAAGCCGUAUUGCUGUUCUCAAUGUGGCAAACAAUUUGCUGUCAAUAGCAAUCUGCAGCAGCAUGCAAGAAGUCAUACUGGAGAGAGGCCAUAUUGCUGUUCUGAAUGUGGAAAAAGAUUUCUCCAUAACAGCAGUCUUAAAAGACAUACAAGAAUCCACACAGGGGAAAAGCCAUAUUCUUGUCCUGAAUGUGGUAAACGAUUUACCAGUAGUAAUAGUCUUUGGCAGCACACACAGAUUCAUACUGGAGAGAAGCCACAUUGCUGUUCUGAAUGUGGCAAAAGGUUCCUCCAAAGUGGCAGACUUCAGGCACACAUAAGAAUUCAUACUGGAGAAAAACCACAUCGUUGCUCUGAAUGUGGGAAGCGAUUUUCUGAUAGUAGUAGUUUCCACAGACAUAUAAGAAUCCACACUGGAGAAAAGCCCUAUGGCUGUGCUGAAUGUGGAAAAAGAUUCAUUGAUAGUAGUACUCUUCACAGGCACACGAGAGUACAUACUGGAGAAAAGCCACCAUGCAGUGAGGUGUCUAAUGGCCUCCAGGCCAGGGGCUGUCCAUGUGAGAAGGGAACCUUAGAAGAGAAGAGCAGACACUUGAGGGGGAGAGGAAAGAGUUUCACACAGAGCAUGGGCACAGCCAAAGAGUUUGGCAUGGAUGAGAAACUGGCCCGCGUUAAACAAGACGACAAUGAGUGGAGCACACCAGAUGAUUUGUGUGUGAAGACAGAGGAUUGUCAACGGGGCAUUUCCGUUUUUAAGGAAGAGGAGUUUGAGGGGGAAAUUAUUCAGGUCAAAGUCGAGGAUUCAGAAGAUCUGUCCGUUAGUCCUGAACUGCAAAAGCAGGAAACGGAGAAUAUGUUCAAGCAGGACAUUUGUGGAGAAUCUCAUUCCAGUUUACAGCCCCCGUUCACUCUUACGAGACAACUGAAAGCCCAGCAGAAUUCCAAGGAAAUGAAAUCGGAGUUUGUUGAAUUUGAUGGGGAAACCACUGAAGGAAACGUAAAGGAAGCAGAAGAGAAGACAUCAUCUGCGAGUGUGGAAAAUCUCCCUGAGAAUAGUGGCCUCUUCCCAUCUUCAUUUACUGAGACGUCUCCUCAGCGCAGACUGCAAAACAAACAGGACAAGGAGAAGAGGAAGCAAUCAAUAAGAGUAUCAAAGAAUUUGAUCACAUCCCAUUUUCACUACAGUGAUCUUCCUGCAACAGGAACUCUCAAUGCUGACCAACAACAACAAGUGAAUAGCAAAGUUCAAGGGGCUUUGUACAUUGGUGGAGAGUGUGGACAAACUUAUAAUAAAGAUCAGAAGUCAAUUCAAACAAGACCAAAGCCAUACUGCUGUUUGGAGUGUGGAAAACAAUUCUAUGUCAGUGGCACAUUUCAGAGGCACAAAAGAAUUCAUACUGGGGAGAAACCCCAUUGCUGCUCUGAAUGUGGCAAACGAUUCUAUGACAGUUACAGGCUCAAAAGACAUAAAAGAAUCCACACUGGAGAAAAGCCGUAUGGCUGUGCUGAAUGUGGGAAAAGAUUCAUUGACAAUGGCACUCUCAAAAUCCACACAAGAAUUCAUACUGGAGAAAAGCCUUAUUGCUGUUCUGAAUGUGGCAAACAGUUCAGCCGAAGUUGCCAUCUUCAGUCUCACACAAGAAUUCAUACUGGAGAGAAGCCAUAUUGCUGUUUGGAAUGUGGAAAACGAUUCAUCGACAAUAGUGCUCUUCACCAUCACUUACAAAUUCAUACUGGAGAGAGGGUAUAUUGCUGUUCUGAAUGUGACAAACGAUUUUCCAGCAGUAGCAAUCUUCAGCGUCACAUUAGAAUUCAUACAGGGCUGAAAAUGUAAGGGAGUAAGAAAUAAUCAGCACAACUGAAUUGUCAUGACUAGAGGGUGAUGUUCACUCAUGCCUUGAUAGUAAGCACACCAAGACAAUUUGGACAAAUUAACCUUGAGCCAAUCCCCAUUGCUGUCUUGAAUGUGUUGAACGAUUCUCCCAAAACUGCAGUCUUCAGAAACACAAAGGAAUCCUCACUGUUCUUUAGUUGUGAAUGUGGUGGAAGAUUUUCCCACAGCAGCAGCCUCCAUGAUCAUUUGGAAAUUCUUACUGAAGAAAAAUAAUUUCUGGCCUAAAUGUGGUAAAUGGUUCUCACAUUGAAUAAGUUCAAUGGGCAAUUAAGAAUCCACAGUGGAGGGCACUUUAUUGUUGUCAUGAAUGUGGUAAAUGUUUCUCAAACAGCAGUGGACUUCAUAACCAUGAAAUAGUUAAUUUUGGGGAGAUGCCUUGUGGCUGUUUUGAAUGUCUCAAGUGUUUUUCAGACAGCAGGAGUUUUAAUGGACAUGUGGGAAUUUGCUCUGGAGAAGCCCUGAGGGAAUAAUCUGGAGAUGAAAGAAAGAAGGAACGGAGGGAACACCGUUAGUUUUGAUGAGUACCUUCACGUAGUGGGCUUUGUUGUAUAAGAGUGACAACAUAACACAUUAAAGUAAAAAAUACUAUAAUUUAUGAAAAGGACCCAUAAAAGGUUCUUCAUACUGGCUGCAAGUCUCUCAGGAUUAAAAGGUGCCCACUAUCUGCCUCAGCACUGGUGUAGAUGAUGGUGGUAGUAUGACAUUUUCAGGUGAAGAGCAGAAGACCUCCAAUAUGGUGACAGUCCAGAUGAACAGUGGAACAGAUGAGACCACAAAAGUGCAACUUCAUCAAAAAGUCAAUGGAACUGGACACUAGUUCAGUAGUCUGCUGACAACAAAGAGCAGGUCAAGUAAUGCUGCUGUUAUUAAAGACGUGCGGGAUUUAGAGCUAAAGAAGGUGCCAGGAGGGCUCAUAGAAAACUAAAUCCAGACAUUCACAGUUAAAAAAAAAAUGAGAUCUCUAAUUGGAAAUGAGAAAAUCAAAGAACAGGAACAGAAGAAGUAGUACAGAAGGGGGGGCACAGCUAAAAGCCAUGAGAACAGAACAGGCAGAGAAUGGGAUAAAGAGAAGAGAAUUACCACGUGGGGUGGAGUGUAUGAGAACGCGAAGGCGUCAGCAGCCAAAUUAAGUCCAUAAAAAAAGGACAAAUUUUGACAGAUGUGAAAGCAAUUUAAAAACUUAACAAAUGUGAAAAAUAUUGACAAAUUUGAAAAGAAAUUUCGAAAUAAACACCCAAAUGUGAACAGACACACAGAAGUAGAAACUCUUGCAAAAUAACUGAUUCUGGAAUAAAAACCUUCAAAUAAUAAAGAGAGAAGUUUGGGAGAAAGUAAGAAUGGAAUUUCCAGUGGCUUCAGUCUGCCAGCUAGUGGUGUCUCUGCUUUAGGGGCCAGUGGAGCGCAAACCUCAGAAUGCCACCAGAUGGCGCUGUUGUGUUUAAUAAGUUCAACUUGCUUAAAUAUUCACAUCAGACUUUCCGAGGUCUUCUUAGUAUUUAUUUCUUCUACUGUCCGUUCACAUCUAAAAGGUAUUUUUAUGUAGGACAGAUAAUGUGACGUGAUCUUUGCAUGCAGUGCUGCUAACCUGCUUGUGGCUCUUCAAGCUCAUCCUAUGGAUCUAGCAGUACAGUAUUCUUUGGACAACCUCAGCCUUACCUACCUGAACUUUUAGAUUCACUGAUGGGCCUGAAGACUACAGCCCACCUUAUUUUCAGCAAGCAGUUGUUUUGUUUGUUCACUCUUAAGAGUCCGAUGGUUUGCUCAAUCAAGGAUGUUCAGCACAAGCCAGUGAUGAGCAAUGUAAAGUCCAGGACUAUUUCUGCCAUGUAAUGUUGUCAAGAAAAUUUUGGAAAAACGAGAUAAAGCAAAUGUCAUAUGAUAAAUGCAUAAAGAAUAAGACAUUCUGAUGAUCAGAAGGCUGGUCAUCUCUCACUAAAUACUCUAAAACUUCCAUAGCCAUCCCAGAUGCCAUUUGUGUGCUCCUUUCACUUCAUGGUGUUAAGCCAAGAGAGGAGAAGCCGACCUGAAGACGUGUCAAUGGUGUGAUGGCCUGGCGGAGACUCAAGGGAUGUGCAGAUCUGCUGAGCACACAUGAAUGUGUCUGAGUUCGGCCAAUGGCAUUUUAAAGAUCUCAGGCUGAGUGUGUAAAGGUGGACUUGGGUGGAGUGCUGAAUAAGUUGA